UUCAUUGGUCCCAUCAGAGAGGAGCAGUACCUCCAUUAUUUGCAUGAUGGCGGUGGACUGAUCGCUGGUGAAUGCUUGAUUCUGGUACCGAGGCGAUAGAUUGUAGGCCUAGGCCUAAUUUCUGCAUAAACUAAUUAGAGCCUGUGCUUUGCAUGAUAGGGUGCAAUUGUGAAUGGAUAGAUGGUUGGUUGGUUCAAGUUGCUACUCCCUAGUUCCAUGAUUCUAAACUGGAAACAUUUUCUGAAAUUUUCAAGUUUAGUACUUUUACUGCUGCUGGCAUGCGAGUACCUAGUUUACUAUGUCGUGAUUGCACGAUGUUCGUGGCCACCGUUGACAGUGGAUAGGGGCGCUGUGUCAGAUGAGCCAACAUUGCAUGCCAUCUUCCUAUCUGAUCCGCACUUGUUGGGGACAAGAAAUGGUCAUUGGUUUGACAAGCUCAGAAGAGAAUGGCAGAUGGAAAGAAGCUUUCAAAGUGCAUUGACUCUGUUUUCACCAGAUGUUGUGUUUGUUCUGGGUGAUCUGAUGGAUGAGGGAAAAUGGUCUUCAGAUAAAGAAUUCCAAGCAACAGUUGCACGCUUUAGGAAGAUGUUCAGACAAGGAGUAAAUGGCCAGACACAUGUCGUCGUUGGUAAUCAUGACAUCGGGUUUCAUUACCACACUAAUCGGGAUCUAGUUGAGCGAUUUGAUCAGGCGUUUGAUAUUUCAUCUGUCAAUAUCAUUAACAUCAAGAAUAUCUUAUUUGUUACAGUAAACAGUGUUGCCAUGGAGAAUGAUCAGUGUUCCAUGUGUACUGAUGCAGCGUUUAGACUGGUAGAAGUAUCAAGUCAACUAAACUGCUCACGCUUUGGUACAGCAACUGGAAGGAAAGGAGGAGAACAACUAUGCAACAAUUAUGAAAAUUUACCAAAUGUAGCUCCAAUACUUUUGCAGCACUACCCCUUAUUCCGGACGUCUGAUGCAGAGUGCCAAGGCGUUGAUGCUGCUCCAGCUGAAACAAAGUACAUCAAGUUCAAACCUACUUGGGAUACUGUAUCAAAAAAAUCAUCAGAUAAGCUUUUAUCGUAUAUUCAACCGCGCCUUGUUGUCAGUGGACACACCCACCAUGGUUGUUACGUGCUGCACAAUGAGAAAACACCAGAGAUCUCAGUUCCCUCGUUUUCAUGGCGUAACCGAAACAACCCAAGCUUCAUCAUGAUGACAAUAACUGGCACCUCUUACUCCUUCUCCAAAUGUUUUAUUCCAGAAGAAUCACGUGUCAUUGAAAUGUAUAUAAUCGGUUGUAUUCUAAUAAUUAUGUGGAUAGUUUUUACUAGACGUAAUUUUUUUACAAGACAUUCUAAAAAAAUGUAAAUAAUGAUUUUUAUCUAUUUAUGAUCUUAUAUGUAUAUAUGAGAUAGGGCCUACAGUAUAUGUAAAUUUGGAAUUAGAAUAGAACUGAAAGAUAGGCAGCCCUCUUGCUAGUGCUAGGAGGCUAACAACUGAUAUCUACUGCUUUUCUGCUAGCAGGCUACCAACUGAUUACACUACUUAAGGCUCUUCCUGAUUCAAAUUUACAUAAUAAAAAAGAAAUUCAAAAGAAAUUUCCAUAAAAUGAAAUUUCGUAAUUGUCCAUUUUGCAUAAGUGUCACCCCCAAGGCUUCACAUGUUUUUGUCAGUCUGUAUUCUUAUUCUUAUUCUUUAUUAAUCUUCUAGUCGCAGCCAAAAGGCUGAAUUGCAUGAGAUUUACAAAUUACAUUUACGUUAAAAGAUUAAAAAUUACAGUAUGGUAUGUAUGGUAACCAUUUUCUUGGGGUCGAAGUAGGCUAUUGUUGGUUUUGCGCUGAUUGUGUUUUCCAAUUUUUGAAAAGUGUCUUGGUGUUCUGGGCCCCAUGAGAAAGCAACGUCUUUCUUUGUUAAGUCUUGAAGGGUACGUGUGAUGGUUGCCAAAUUAGGAGUAAAACGUCCAAGAUAAUCUACCAUGCCUAGACUGCAGUUCAGCUACUUUCAAGCUUUGGAAAGACACCCUUUCGUUUUGUUUUAUCGUACAUUAGCACAAACAUCCCUUCUUUUAAUUCAGUUCCACAACCAUUUUUGCCUCCGGGCGCUGGUUCUUAAGGCUUUUUUUUGCCUUUCUUGCAGCAUUUUGUAGGCGGUUCCUAUCGUUCGAGACCAGGUCGUCUCAAGGUUCAUCACCUUCUGCCGGUUCUACCAUUAAGUCUACAGUCACUGCGGCCUAUCUUCCGAGCAUCUGGCUGGGUCUACGUUCUUCCAAUCAGGCUCAAUUGAGACAAGUCUAACUGCUUCUACAACUUGAUCCUUAUCAAGUUGACUUCCUUGGUUAAUUCAUGAUGUGUGAGAUACUGUCUCUUUGAUUUUUCUUCUCAUUACGUAUGUGGUUAAGAUUGUUGUUGUGUUAAAUUACCUUCCUCCUACAGUUUGUCUUUUAUUUUGUCAUCUUCGCUAACCAUGCCUCUCACGAGGUGAUCAUUAAUGGCACUGUCCUCAGAGGGACCAAAAUUACAAUUUUCUGCAAGUUUUCUCAGUUCGCUUACGUACUGUGUGGUGGGUUAUGAUACUAGAAUCUAGUAUAGAAUCUGUGUUUCUAAAUAGUUCAUUAUUUGGAAUGCAGUGAUUGAGCUUGAGGAUAUCUCCGUCGUCAAAAGUGAGCGUUUUUUCGUAAAUUAUCCUACCUUUAGCUCCUAUUAAGUUCAGCCGGCACAUCACUUUGCACUCGUCAGGUUUGGCUUAAAGCGUAUUGCUGAGCUGCUGUUCCAUAUGAUACAAGGAUGCCAUGAGGUCUUGGUUUAAUUUCUAGCCACAGACAACGAUUAAGUUAUCAAAAAUUUUGUCGGCUGGCAGUUUUUCUCUGUCGCCCAGCAUCUUGAUUUCUGGCUUGGCUUCUCCGCCCAGAUAUUGUAUUAUUCUUACUACUUGUUCUUCCUCUGAUGUCUUCAGCAAGAUGAGCAACAACUUCAUUUCAUCAAUAAAUUCAUGUACAUCUGGCCAUCAGCACCAGUGAACACAUAGAUUAAUUAUUAGUAAAUCCACCACUCAAACCAAAGUGCAACACUAUAGCUCGUCUGUACUUUGUAAAGGUUGAACUUGGUAUUAUUUUGGUGCCUACAACAUCAGGAAGGUGAGCCAACACUCCACUGAUGGAUGCUAGAUGCAGGUUUACUUCCGUUUUAAACAAAAGAAAACCUUGUACAGAAAAAAAAAAGAAGGAAAAAUAUCCACCAACGGACACGUUCCAACAGUGGCACCUGCUUAGGAAAAUUUAGUACCAUCCCAUAGAAUUAAGUUUUUGAUUUAAGAGAUUUACAGAAUUGACUGAACGUUAAGUAUCAAUUUGUCCGGUUGUGCAGUUGCAUAUACUGUGCGUUUAAAGUGAUUACAUUAAAAUACGGAGCACAUGCGUUUUUAAAGGCCUUUUUGCAUUUUUCUAAUCUGCUGUCAUAUAUCUUCCUCUUCCAGCAUUGACUAUGCUGACCCACACAUUGUGAAUUUUUUGAGUUUUUCAGUGACUUAGUUAAAGUAUGAAAUAGGAACACUAACACCAGUGGUACAACACAAAUUAUUAAAUUCCCACAGGUCUACACACCAACACUAACCAGAUGUGACAUACUGUAUCCCCACUUAUACAUGGACAUUUGGGUGGAAUUUUCCAAACAUGUGGAGUUACCACACUGUGGGCUGAAGUCCAAACGGAUUAAUCGGCGAAUAGAACAAUUAAAUUAUGCGCAUGCUGUUACGCACUAACAUACGAUAUAUAAUCAUUUGUAAUAAGAAAUUCAGGCCACCGCUUACCCGCAGGGUGUUUUGGCUUUAAUUCAAAAAUUUCAGAGAUAAAAUUUAGUUUUAAAUAUUAAAUUUGACCAUCUUAUCUUCCUACAAUAUGAUUGUUGUUCUUAUGAUUUUGUGCAAUGUGUUGCUGGUAAUUUUUUUUAUUUUUUUAUAAUUGUAUUUUUUUUAUUCUAUGUAUUUAAUAAUAUUUUGUCCUUUGUCAACUGUAAUGCAUGCAUUGAAUGGUGGAACACUGUAUCACGCUGUGGUCCCAAUUUGGUGAAGUGAAAUUUGUGGGUAAUCUGUCAUUAGUGAAGUGAAAUUUCUUGGUAAUUUGUUGCGUGCACUCCAUAUGAGCCUGUAAAUUUGGAUAAUUUUUCCUAAUGAUGACUCAAUAAAGAGUAUUGAAUCCCAGCA